AUGGCUACUAAUCAAAGUGAUCUCAGUAGCCUAAUUCUGUAUCUGAUCUCUCUCUGUUUGUGCUUCAAGGUCUUUGACAGGGUCCGAGAAGAUUGCCCUAAUUUCCACGAGAAGAUUAAGCCUAUUAACGCUGAACUCACUCAGCCCAAGCUGGCCAUCAGUGCUGAAGAUGAGGAGGAGCUACUGACCCAGGUCAAUGUUGUCUUCCACGGUGCAGCAACAGUUCGCUUUGAUGAACCCCUGAAACAUGCCCUGCAACUGAAUGCAAUGGGCACACAGCGGCUCCUAGAGCUGGCCCGGCAGAUGCAGAACCUCGAGGCCUUCAUCCACAUCUCCACCGCCUAUGCAAACUGUAUCCGGAAAUGCAUAGACGAAAUCAUCUACCCACCCCCAGCCGAACCCAAGAAGCUCUUCGAUUUAGUAGAGUGGUUGGAUGAAUCUAUCAUUGAAGACAUCACACCCAAGCUGCUCGGGGACUGGCCCAACACUUACACCUACACCAAAGCCUUGUCAGAAUACCUGAUUCAGCAAGAGAAAGGCAACUUGAACAUUGCUAUCAUCAGGCCAUCCAUCGUGGGAGCUAGCUGGCAUGAGCCUUUCCCAGGUUGGAUUGACAACUUCAACGGGACGAGUGGAAUAUUUAUUGCGGCAGGCAAAGGGAUUCUGCGGACCGUCAUCGCCAACAAUGAAGCGGUGGCAGAUAUAAUUCCAGUAGACGUCGCCAUCAACUUCACCCUUGCAGCUGGGUGGUACACAGCUGUGCACAGACCAAAAAACCUGUUGGUGUACAACUGCACAACAGGUGGAAUCAACCCUUUCUUCUGGGGAGAAAUGGGGCAGUAUGUCAUGUCCACGUUCAAAAGGAAUCCGCUGGAGCAGGCCUUCCGAAUACCCAAUGCCCAUAUGACAUCCAGCUACUUGAUAAACCAGUACUGGGUAACUGUCAGUCACAAGGCACCAGCCAUACUCUACGACCUGUACAUGAGGCUUACGGGGAGAAAGCCCAGAAUGAUGAAGAUUGUCAAUCGACUGCACAAGUCUAUGAUGCUCUUACAGUAUUUCUCCACCCAGUCCUGGGAUUGGUCUUCAGAUAAUAUGAAUAUGUUAAUGAGUCACCUUAACACAGAGGACAAAAAGUUAUACAACUUUGACGUUCGUCAGCUGCACUGGUCAGAAUACAUUGAAAGCUACUGCCUAGGUGCUAAGAAGUACUUGUUAAAUGAGGACAUGGCUGGCAUUCCGGCAGCAAAGCAGCACUUACGAAAGCUGAGGAACAUCCGAUAUGCAUUCAACACCACCCUCCUUGUGAUCAUCUGGCGCAUUUUCAUUGCAAGGUCACAGAUGGCUCGAAACAUCUGGUACUUUGUAGUGAGCCUCUGCUACAAGUUCCUUUCCUACUUCAGGGCAUCCAGCACCCUCAGGCACUGAAGCCGUCCAUUAGCAACCAGCCUCUUCCAGAAGGACCUCCAUCUCCUCUAAUCAGCAACUAUGGGCAUCGGGGUCUGAAAGUAGCAGAAAAAUCCACUCCCU